GAUAUGCUAAGGACGUGGUUUGUUCCGGUAAAAAGCUGCCUGCUCGAUUAAGGAUAGUUCAUUUUAAGAACUCAUACAUUUUUUAAAUGAGAAGAAAAUACGUUUUUACUAUGUGACUACUUUUUACUUAAUUUUAUAAAAACAAAUCCACGUUGUUCUUUUCGCCGAACAACUUGAUAGGUUUGUGGAUGUCCUUGUCUGCUUUGUCGAUGGAAAACACAAUGCAGGCCUAAAGACUGCUAACGUUAGCAACAGUCUGCUAGCCUGCAGCUAAUUGGGAGUUAAAUCGAUGACAGGGCCUAUUUUCAACGCUGUACUGAAACAAUUUACGUGAUGUCGUCCCAGAUGCAGCUAUUCCCCCCCCCCUCCGUCUCCUCCAGUGCCUUCUGCCGGGUGAAGAAGCUGAAGGUGGAGAACUGUGUGUGGGACGUGUCCUCCUCGGAGGCCUACGGCAGCGUGAGGGGCCAGACGGGGUACGCCUUCCCCCCUGGUGGACCCCCCUUCGUUCCUUCUGCCCUGGUGUUUCCCCCCGCCCCCCCCGGCUCGCGGGGCCAGGUGGCGGUCCGGGCAGCCGACAGCACCGGGAGCCUCCCCAGGGGGGCCAGCAGGCGCGUUGCCGCUGGCGACCACCACUACAACACACACUCGUCCCACGCGGAGCCCCGUGGGCCCCGGCAGGGGCAGAAGAGGAGGAACGAGGAGCCCCCAGAGGGGGGAAGGGGCAGUGGGAGCGUUCAGAUCCUGGAGGAGCUUUCAGCCCCGCCUUUCUCCACCCGUGGGGGGGGCGGCGGGGGCACCGGGCAGUCGGUCCCCCACUCGGCCACGAAGAGCAGCAGCUCCAGCGGAGAGGGGGACUACCAGCUGGUGCAGCACGAGGUGCUGGGGUCCCCGGCCUGCAGCUACGAGGUGCUGGAGUUCCUUGGGAGGGGGACCUUCGGCCAGGUGGCCAAGUGCUGGAAGAGAGGAACCAAUGAGAUUGUGGCCAUCAAGAUCCUGAAGAACCACCCCUCCUACGCCCGGCAAGGGCAGAUCGAGGUGGGUAUCCUGAACCGGCUAAGCGCGGAGAACGCUGACGAGUUUAACUUUGUGCGUUCAUACGAGUGCUUCCAGCACAAAGGCCACACCUGCCUGGUGUUUGAGAUGCUGGAGCAGAACCUGUAUGACUUCCUGAAACACAGCAAGUUCAGCCCUCUUCCUCUCAGGAACAUCAGACCCAUCCUGCAGCAGGUGGCCACAGCCCUGAUGAAGCUGAAGAGCCUGGGCCUGAUCCACGCAGACCUGAAGCCAGAAAACAUCAUGCUGGUGGACCCCCUCAGACAGCCCUACAGGGUCAAGGUCAUAGAUUUCGGCUCGGCCAGCCACGUGUCCAAGGCUGUCUGUUCCACCUACCUGCAGUCGCGAUACUACAGAGCUCCAGAGAUCAUCCUGGGUCUGCCGUUCUGCGAGGCCAUCGACAUGUGGUCCCUGGGCUGUGUGAUUGCUGAGCUCUUCCUGGGCUGGCCUCUCUACCCCGGGGCGUCCGAGUACGACCAGAUCCGCUACAUCUCCCAGACCCAGGGGCUUCCUGCUGAGUACUUGCUGAGCGCAGGCACCAAGACCAGACGCUUCUUCAACAGAGGACCUGACUCCAGCUAUCCUCUGUGGAGGCUCAAGACUCCCUCAGAGCAUGAGGUGGAGAUGGGUAUCAAGUCCAAGGAGGCGAGGAAGUACAUCUUCAACUGCCUGGAUGACAUGAUGCAGGUCAACCUGUCGUCUCACCUGGAAGGGACAGACAUGCUGGCGGAGAAGGCCGACCGACGAGAGUUCAUCGACCUGCUGAAGCGCAUGCUCCGAUUGGACGCCGACAAAAGGAUCACGCCCACUAAGACUCUAGGCCACGCUUUCGUCUCCAUGACGCACCUUUUGGACUUCCCUCACAGCUCCCAUGUGAAGUCCUGCUUCCAGAACAUGGAGGUGUGUAAGCGGCGGAGCUCUUCGUUCGACAGCAGCAAGACCCUCUUCUCCACCAACACCGUGCCAGGCUCCGCUGCCGGCAACCUCACGGUCACCUUCAGCAGCCAGCUCAAUCAGCACAACCAGGCUAGUAUACCCCCCUACCUCCUGAAAGUGGUAUCUCCCUCUGGGAUGAUUUCUAUACUUACCAUUUGUGGACCAAUCCAUCAGGUGCCUUCCGCGGGGGGAGCGGUUCCGUUGCUGAACUACCAGCCGGCCCUGUACCAGCAGGCCACCAUCAACAUCCCGGGUCUGGCCCCGCCCAGCGGCCCCCUGCAGGGCCGCCCCGCCCUCUGCAGCCAGGCUCCCCCCUUCCAGCAGACCCUCAUCGUCUGUCCCCCCUCCACCCUCCAAGGGCUGCAGGCGUCCAGUAAGGGCUCCAGUUUCCCCGUGAGGAUGGACAGCUCCGUACCCAUGGGGCCUCAGAACCAGACGGGGCCCUCGCUGCAGAUCCAGCCUGGUGUUCUGGCACAGGGCUCCUGUACGCCCCUGAUGGUGGCCACCCUGCACCCCCCCUCUGUAGUCCCCCAGUACUCCCUGCCCCUGGGGGCCACCGGAGGGCGGCCCCCCCUGCUGGAGCACAUGGCCACCGUGCUGCAGGCCUGGCCCACCAGCGCCCAGCAGAUCCUCAUCCCCUCGUCCUGGCAACAGGUUCCGGGCGUGGCAGUCCACAGUGCAGCCGGUCAAUCAGCCUCCGAGUCACACAUUGAGACACUGCUCGCUGACGCUGCGACACAGCACACACACGGCUGGAGGGGAGUGGUCCAGAGCAGAGCCCUGCAGGACAGGAAGAGGGUGAAGGCGGGGCGGGGCGACAGCAGGAGCAGAAAUGUGUCUGCCACUUUGUUGCUUGGCAACACGGGUGCGACAAAUCACAGCUGCAGUGCUGCGCUCUCCCAGCCAAUCAUCAUCUCCGACACACCAAGCCCCGCCCUCAGCAUCAUCACUAUACACAGCGACACGGACACAGAGGAUGACAGAAAGUUCCACCCUGCCAGCUAUGGUGUGACCCAGCGUGCUAAUGUGAUCAGCUGUGUGACAGUCCACGACUCAGACUCAUCCACAACUAGCCCCCUCACGCCCCGCCCUCGCCUGCCCCCCUCCCACCUACCUCCCUCCUCCGGCCCAGCCCGGUCGCUGGCUGUGGUCGCUCCCUCCCUCAAGACCCAGCCCUCCGAGAACCUGGCCACCUCGGGAUACAUGAAGCCCAAGAGGACGUCCAACCGGCAGCCGUGCAGCUCAGGAGAGGGCGUCGACCGGCUUGCUCCCAGCCAAUCACACCCUCUCAAUCUCAGCCAGGUACAGCCAGUGGUGUCGUCGUCUCAGGAGCGCUUACUGCGUCGACAGCAGACCUGCCCCCCCGCUUCCCACUACAGCUUCCAGGAGGUGCCCCCCCUGGGCUCAGCCCCCGGCCUCUACAGCUACCCAGCCUCGGCGGCGCUGGCCUCGGCCUCGCAGGCCCUGGAGCAGCUGCUGGGCCCGGCCCUGCCCGCCUACCCCGCCCCCCGCCGGGACCAGGGCAGGAAGGACGGGGGGGGCCUGGUCCCCGCGCUGGCUGCCUUCCAGCACCCGUUCAGCGGGUCGCCCUAUGCCACUCCGCGGGCUGAGGCAUACGGCGCCUACCAGCUGAGCCCCCGCAGCCUGCCCCAAUACCCCUACCUAUGAGGAGGGGAUACCCUCAGACGAACAUCACUGGACGGUCAGACGUUCUUAGGGAGCCAGGGGGGAGGGAAGAUUGAGGGAAGAGGGAGGGAAGAUUGAGGGAAGAGUGGAGUUCUGCUGCAACAGUGAUUUCACUUCCAACCCAUUUUACUGUCUUUUUGGACUUUCAGUCCAAGACUUUUAGUACAUUUUUAAAAAGCAACGGUAUCCAAGGGAUUAUGUGAUAUUGUACCAAUUUUUUUUUACCUUUAGUCUGCUUGUUUUUAUUCCCUAUAUCUCUGGGCUUGUGAAGGAAGCGUUGUGGUAAAUGUGUCUGACCAUGUGUUGUUUAAAUGAGGAGGCUUUGUGUUAGAAGAACUCCUCUGACAUGAAGCCUUGAUCCCCACAACCCUUCCAGCGAGCCUGUGGCUAGCACAGGGGGCUAGCGACAUGCCAGCUAACAUGAGAGCCUGUGGCUAGCACAGGGGGCUAGCGACAUGCCAGCUAACAUGAGAGCCUGUGGCUAGCACAGGGGGCUAGCGACAUGCCAGCUAACAUGAGAGCCUGUGGCUAGCACAGGGGGCUAGCGACAUGCCAGCUAACAUGAGAGCCUGUGGCUAGCACAGGGGGCUAGCGACAUGAGCCUGUGGCUAGCACAGGGGGCUAGCGAAAUGCUAGCUUAGCUAACAUAAAGAGAGCCCUGAGGCAUCCUGUUUUUGUUUCUUUAAAUUAUAUAGAA